AAUGAAAUUGCAUUGCCCCAGCGAACAGCGAACGCGAAAUAAACACCGGAUCGUAGUUGAUAUGCAGACCACUUCUCAAUCUUAUAAUUUGAAUUUAUAAAUUAUAAGUUAUAAUUCAGAAUUGUAAUUUAAUUUUAAAGACGUCAUUUAAUUGUGAGAAGCCGAAAAUGGUGAAUCUGACUCGAAUCCUUAUGGCUCGACAUCCUAGUACAGUUUACAAUGAUAGUUACUGGAAAAAGCGACAAAUAUUCAAAAUGUCGGCUCACUUUUACGGCCGUGCUCGAAAUUGUUGGUCCAUCGCCAUCCGGAGGGUGCAGCGGGCGUUGCAGUAUGUCGUCGCUGGGCGCAAGCUUAGGAAGAUGUGGUACCACGACAUGUGGAACAACCGAAUUUCUGCGGGGAGCAGAGAACUUGGCAAUAUUCCCGAGGGAUCUGAGGUUAUGAUAGAAUCCUUGAUUAGAUCACAAGUUCUAUUAAAUCGUCAAUCUCUAUCAAAUCUGGCAAUCUGGGAGCCACGGACCUUCAAAGCUAUAAAUAAUAUUGCUGCUGUUAAAGAUAGACAGGAUAAUGUUCAUCCGAAUCGUGGGAUGCCGCCGACCGGAAUUAAAGGGAAGUUGCCAUAAUUUUAAUGAAACGUGAAUUUAGUUGUAGAACUAGUCUUGGGUAAUAUUUUCUAAUAAACCAUGUAUGUCAGUAAAUAUUUAAAGUUACUUUACUUUAUAAUAAAAGUCUUUAAAACCUGUUUAGUGUUUCAUGA